UUAUAGUCUCGCCCUUGAAUCUUAUCCAGGGUUUCCAUGGAGAUUCAUUCCUUAUGAUUAUGCUUGCGGUCCAGAACCUCCUGACAUGUUGAUGUUAAUGCUCCUUUGAUCUCUUUCCAGUUGUCCUCCACUGUAGUUUCUCCUUUCAGUACAUCAUACUCAAAAGAUGGGAUUUAGAUGCAGCUGCUGCUCGUGUACGUCAAAUACCACAACCUUAUCAGGCUACACUAAAAGGUCCAACAAGUGUUAGAAAAAUAUUCCGUAAACAAGAACAUGCUAUUAACUUUGCCAAACAGUUUGGUCAGGUACAGUUAUUCAUAUAAUAGUCAUUUUUAAAUACCUGUGAAUUCGUUUGGUUGUUCUAGAUAAUAAAUCGCAUUCCAAAAUAAAUUUUAGUGAUACUAUCUUUUAAAAGUACUCGGCAGUUGUAAUUUGCGACAGAGAUUUGUUUUACUAUUUACUUGUUAUAUGAUACUUCCAAUUUUUCAAAAUAUAACCUGUACUCUCACUUAUCUUUUUUAUUUUCCCAUCAUCUCAAAGAUUAUGUUCCUUUGGCAGGGCAAAUCAAUCAGUAACCAUUCUGUUAGAUUAGUUCAUUUUUGUGUUAUCCUGAAAUGGUUGUAAAAUGAAUCUAAACUGUUCGUAGUAACUUGCUUGACGCAUUAUCUUUGAAUGAUGAUGAGAAGUUUACUCAUUCAAUUUUAGAAUCGAAGCUGAGCUUAGUAUCAUAAAUUUUGGUACAUAUAGGUAUAAUAGUUUGUGACUUAGCGUACAGAGUAUAUCCUUUAUUACUAAGUUUUAAAGGUGAAGGAAAUAACUGAGAUUUUUUGAGAAUAUGAUAAUACCCUGAUAUAUUAUCUGCCAAUGAAAAGCUCUAUAAGUCAGUGUUUGAAUAAUUCAACUGAACAAAAAUUGUUCUGCAUCGCGUUUAUUAUUAAUUGAUAGAAAAACUUUUCAUUGAUCUAUUUAUAAUUUUCUGUUCAAUUAAAUUGUGUUUCAUUAACUAAAGUUCUAUCAGUAUGCAAUACUAAUUUUAUGAAUAUUUAACAAUCAGUUGUUUUUAAAGAAAGCACAAACUUAUCAAUUUUUCAAUGUUUUGUAAGUUUUCACAUGAACAGACUUUGGUAAAAGGAGGAUUUGGUACACUAAAUUACCGGUGUGGACAUUUGUUUGUUGCUGUAAUCCAAUCAGUCGUUAAGAAAAUACGUAUUUCUUAUAUUUUGAACGAAAUGAUGGUCUUCAGUUAUGAAAGCUUAUCACUUGGGAAUGAAGGUCAACGUUCAUUUUUAGCAUGUGGAAUCCAGUCGUUCUUUUACACGUACAAGCAAACGGCGCCUUCUUCUCGUUGUCAUUAUGAGGUAAUUAUGGUAGACAGACCAGCUAAAUUAUAUUUGGAUAUAGAAUUUUGUAGGUUAUCUAAUCAAAAUAAAGAUGGAGAAGUAGCUGUUAAUACAUUUCUAAAGGCUUUGUGUGCUUGCAUUCGAUUCUUCUAUGAUGUAACUAUUGAACCCAGUGAAAUAUUUAUAUUGGAUGCAAGCACUUCCAAGAAAUUUAGUCAACAUGUCAUAAUCAACAGUAAAAAUCUUGUAUUUCGAAGCAAUUUAGAACAAGGUCAGCUGAUUCGUAUACUUUGUAAAAGUUUGUCACAAUAUAGUUUAUUAAAUACUGAUUUCCUAUACACAAAUGAAUGUUCACAUUGUUCAAAUCAAAUUAAUCAUCUUAUACGAGGUAUAUUUCCCGAGGUUCAAUUAACUAGUAACGAUGCCAAAAAUUGUUUUGCUUUACCUAAAUUAAAACAAUCUACUUCAUCAUCAAGUGAAUUAUGGACAAGCGUGUGUGAUUUAGGCGUCUAUACACGUAAUCGUAAUUUCCGUCUGGCUGGGUCAUGUAAAUUAUCCGGUAGUGGAUUAUUAUUACCAAAUUAUGUAGUCAAUAAGAAUGAAAUAUUUUCAUGUAUAUGGUCAAAUUGGCAAUCUUGGGCACGGACUCUUGUUACCUAUAUUGAUGAACAAUGUUCAAAUUUUAUUUAUCGACCGGUGGAAAAUUGUUGCUGUAGUAAAACUGAUAACACUUUACCCACUUAUUUACCCACUAAUAAUGACAUCACUAAUUCUGAUAAUGUACAUAAAGUUCUUAACGAAAAUGACGCCAAUAUUUGUCUUCAGUCAUUACCAUUAAAAUUAAUUGUUUUCAUAAGGAAAAUUAUCCGAGAAUGGUUUAAUCGUGGAUUAUCUGAUGAAAAAACCAGUAAUGUGUUGUACAAUUUUGAGAAUCAAAUCAAAAUUAUUUCUUUCAAUAAAGGCAAGUUAGCUAUGAAAGUGGAGAAACUGCGUUUCUGUGAAAGAGUCAAUCGUUCCCAUAAAAGUAAUCAUAUUAUUCUAGUCUUUGAUCUUAUCAAUGGUUGUUAUUAUCAGAAAUGCUUAGAUCCUGACUGUCGACUGGUGGAUUUUCGUUCAUCUAGUAUGCCAAUACCUGCCGACUGUCUCAAUGUUCCUUUUGUAUGUAACGAAGAUGAAUGUGUGUUGAGUGAAAGCAAUCUAACUAAUAAAGUUGAAUAUUUCAGUGCUUUUGUAACACCUGAAGAUUUAAUGCUCGCUUCUAUACUGGAUGGUUUUCAAAAUUAAUACAGUUUGUUCAAAGACAACACAUGAUUUCUUUAUAUUUAAUAUGAACCAUGCAUUUUGCUUAUUAAAACGUGCGAUAACAAACCAUUUUCUGGGCGUGUAUUAAACAACUAACUCGGUCACGAUGGAUAUCUCUUCGUCUUGAUUUGAUGAAUUCAACACUUCUGGCUUUCAAGUAUUUAUAAAGUUGGAAAUGUAGUUGGCUUUUCUAAAUAGCACCUUAACCAACAGUUUAUAUCCCAUAUGUUACUUUCUAUGUUUUCCAAAAAAUUAAUUAUACAUUUUAAACAGGUUUAGUUUAUUUUUGUGAAUUUAUAAUAAAACACUUAUUUAUA